CCUAAUCCAAAGAAUUCCAGAACUCUUGGAUCAGUGUUCACUGGGUAGAGAAGCCCCAGACAAUAGAUUGACAUGCCCUCGAGCCAAUCACCUCCUGCCUCUCACCAAGGAGGAGGAUGAGAUAUUGUUUACGUCAACCUUCAACCUCGGUCCGCUAAAUUGAGCUGCAACCAGUACCCCGUACAGUAUUGACCACAACGCAAUUGAUUGUUGAGCACUUCACCUCUCUACUGCUGUCACUUCGCAAUAGAGAGCCUUAGCCUUUCUGUAUAUUCGAUACUCACCAUCAUAAUGUUUACAUCGCUCCCUCGCGUCGCUCCUACCUUCUCUUUGCGAAGUAAUAUCAAUUUUGCGUUGCGGCAGCUCCCUAGCGCCUCGGCCUCGGUGUCGGUAUUGCCUACAAGAUGUUCGUCUUCCACCACAAAGAAAGAGAUCACACUGCUCCAGGAUAAGAAAAAUGGAUUCGGGUUUGCACGGUCAAAUCCCAGACCACCCAAACCGAGAACCAAGGGCGUCACCGAGAUCAGAGGCCCAUACUAUACUGUCAUGGGGAAACGAUACCUAGCAGAUGUGCUGGAGACCAUGGGAACCCAUGUGGACGGCUUGAAGUUUGCAGGAGGGUCGUUCUCUCUCUUUCCAGAGAGACCAUUGAGGGAGUUGAUCGAUCUCGCUCACGAUCACGGAGUCUAUGUCUCCACAGGCGGUUGGGCUGAGCAUCUACUCACGCAUCCCGAUGCAAACGCCGUGUUUGAUAAGUACCUUCGCAAGUGCAAGGACCUUGGGUUCGAUGUCAUCGAGCUCUCAUCGGGCUUUUUAUCUAUCCCAGAAGAAGACUGGCUCCGCCUUGUUGAUAAGGUCCACUCCUACAAGUUGAAAGCGAAGCCCGAGUUAGGGAUUCAGUUUGGUGCGGGGGGCGACACCCCCGCGGCAGGGUUGGAAGCCAUGGGCACGUCUGAUCCGUCGAAGCUGGUGAACUUGGGCCGUAAAUUCCUCGACGCAGGCGUCGAGCGCUUGAUGAUCGAGUCGGAGGGCAUCACGGAGAAUGUGGAGUCGUGGCGGACCGAUGUGGUAUCGAAGAUCAUGAAAGAGCUUCCCUCGGAAGGCGUCAUGUUCGAGGCAGCAGACCCGAAGGUCUUCAACUGGUACAUUCGAGAAUUUGGCAUUGAUGUCAACCUGUUCGUCGACCACAGUCAGAUAGUGCAGUUGUCGUGCUUGCGCCAUGGGAUUUGGGGCACGGCCGACACCUGGGGGAAGGUUGUCUCUUUCCGACCUGAUUCGCAUCGUGCAGCUGAGUCAUGCACGGAAAGAUCCAUUACUUCUCUGAGUACAUGCUUCAUUAUGCCGCGGGCAAGCACGGCUCCCGGUGCUCGACUCCGGUGCAGAAGAGCUUGCGAUAGUUGCAAGCGACGGAAGCAGAAAUGCAACGGAGAGCAGCCAUGUACAAUCUGCGUCCAACGUCGCAAAGAGUCCGAAUGUCAUUUCUCCGACAAGCCCGCUCGCUUGCUCAAGCCAAGCAACAACAACCCGAAAGAGACCAUGCUUCUCAGCGAACACCUCGUCCCAACCCCGCAGCGGCAGACGGCCAUGGACCGACUUCUGAACUCGCUCGAAGACCGUAGUGCAACCUUGGAACAACAGGCGACGGACGAUAAGGAUGGUACAGCUCCGGUGCCAAAGGUGGCUAGGCUUUUGCGUGACGGACAGGGAAAAUUCAUGUACAUUGGUGAUUCUGCAAGCUUAUCCUUCUUACAGAGUGUCCGUCGCAUCGUCUCCUCGUCGAUCGGCCGCUGUGAUUUCACGGAAGAUAACUCGCGACAUUCAAUGCUGGAGGCUUUCCAAAAUAGUUCUUCGACACAGACAGGGCCCUUGAUCGCGCCUCCCAGCAACGAGGAGGCUCAGCGGUUGGCGCGUCAAUACGUUCUUGCUACCGGCCCACUCCUAGACCUUUUUGAUCUCAACGAAUUUCAUCCGCGCCUUGCCAACUGGGUGGGAAACCCCACUGGUGACGAAGACACGGUCAGCUCGAUCUUCUACCUGGUGCUCGCGAUUGGCGCACAGGUGUCAGACACCAACCAGAACCUGGCAGAACAAUACUUCAUCAGUGGACGUCAAUUAGCGUUCUCUGCAUUCACUGAAACCCCUAGCAUCUACACUAUUCAGUCCUAUGUCUUGAUAUCCAUGUACAUGCUUGGUGCAUGUCGGCGCAAUGGCGCGUUUAUGAACCUUGGUAUCGCGCUCCGGGCGGCGUAUGCGGUCGGCAUCCAUAGGAAAGAUGCAAAUUCGCUGUUCUGCACUCGAGAGCGACGGGCCCGCGAGCGCGUCUGGAAGAGUCUUCGCAUGAUGGACCUCUACCUCAGUGCCUCUUUAGGACGGCCGCCGGCUACCUUGGACUUCGAUUAUGACCUUCGCGAAGAUGGUCUUCCGGCGGAUCAACAACGUCUCGAACCUGAAGAACAGUUAUCUUUGACCGUCGUUUCUCUGUGCCGCAUCUUCGAACGGAUUUUGACCGAAGUCUAUAUGCGGCAGGUAGUGUCGAUCACCGUGGCUGAUGCUAUCUCGAACCAACAUCGAACCUGGGUCCGUAACCUGCCUAUGUUUCUGCAGGUGCAGACGGAACGGCUAGAAUCAAAGAAUCUAGAAGAAACCUUGGCCGCAGCACAUGUAUUCGGGUCGUACUACUGGUCGAUCAUUCUUCUGACUCGUCCGUUUCUUGUUUUUCGGGUCUCGCAAUAUGUGCGAAGUAAAUCCGACUCUACAAGCUCCGGCGACACCAGGGCCACCAAUUCCCGUAUCGCGCUCUUUGCCGACGCAUGCGUCUACUCAGCCUUACGAGGUCUCAACAUUGUGGAUGGCCUUGCUCGAUACAGCAAUCUCCCCCGCAGGUUGCCCUUCCUGAUCAACUCCGUCUUCAACUCAGCCGUAGUGCUAGGCGCAGCAUUCUUUGCAGACUACGACAACCUACUCCCGCUGGAGGAAGGGAUGGAAAAGGCCGAACGGUUCCUUGGCUUGUUCGUGCCGCAUGAUCCUCAUGCAUGUCGCUUCUACCAGAUCAUCAAGUAUCUCCGUGCAGCAGUGGCCGAGUAUGUCCGUCGACGAAAUCGUCAGUGGAUGGAGCGCCGUAGUCGUCAAGUGGACCAGCUUUUCGGCCAGGUCGGCACUACGGACGAGCCCUCGGCCGCAGCAGACGCCAAUACUCCGUCAAGCCGACGCGGCGAUCAAGCAGCCGUCUUGUCACCGCUCUCUCCUGAGAAAGUGACCGGGGGAACAGCCCUACCCCAUUCCUCCAACAUAACUACCGCCACCCCCGCGGCUCCAGGCCAGGUGGAUAACGACAUUUGGGAGACCUUGUAUGGCACCCAGGGCGCACCUCCUCUUCCAUAUGAUACGGCCGUCUCUACGCUCACCACGACGGGAAUUCCCAUCGGUUGUUCCCCGGGCGGGACCAUUCCGUCCGGUGCUUUACCUUCUGAUGUCCCGGGUGGCCAUACGCCGCUGUCUGAUGUGAUCUUGCCGGACAAUGGCCUUUUGUAUAUGGCGGAGGAUCUUCCCGUGUUCGGACUCUGGGAAGACGCUUAGGUUGGGGGAUCUUGGCUGUUUCGGCCGUACAAUCUUUUGGUGCACACUCCAUUGAGUGUACAAAUUCGCCAGCGCUCUUCCUAUCUGUCUAUUAGGACAGGUUAUUUACGACAUCUUCAUGAACAUAGCACGCCCGACUCCCAUCAUCUGGCGUUUCUGGAUCUCGAACCUGGCGUUCAGACGAUUAGCGUUGGGGUUGAUUCCAUGUAUAUCCUAUUUAUCUUUACUUCUGUCUGUACAUACCUACCUUCACGCAGAUAGCG